AACAACAAAAAUUGUUCAAAUGAGAGAAGGGUGCUAUGGAUGAAACGGUUAUGAAAGGAUAUGUUUUGAUGAUGCUGGUGGGGCUGGCCAUCCUUGUUCAAUUUGUGGUACAUAUUUGAAGACAAACAUAUUUGAAACUAAUAGUGUCGGGCAGUUCGGGGACGUUAGUGGUGCGAAUCUGGACGUUUCAGGGACUGAUCCAAUGAGUUUGGACCCGAGAGCAAAUCACGGCAGUGGAGUUGAGUUUGAAGGUACAAAUUUCAUAUAAAGAAGAUUGGUCAGUGAGAAGCUGAAGCCUAUCUGCAAGGAGAUAAAGAGACUGUCACUGCUCAAAUCUCUCGAGUUGCCGCCUCUCAUCAACCAACCGACGGUUGCCCUCUGAAAUCUCUGUCAAAGUUUCAGCUAUGCCGGAAUUCUCCGGGGUUCUUGCGCUGAAAUUCUGUUAGGGAAUAAUAUCUGAACAAAUCAUUGGACCGAUCGGGAAAUUGCAGUGAUAGAUUUUGGAAAAAGAUUAUUACACCCAUUUAAUUAGAUAGCUAAAAUCCAGUAGAGGAUGGCAUUGACAGCGCCGUUGGUUUUGCAACCCAAUCUUUCGUAUUAUUAUCCUCCAGCCUUCACCUGCUGUGUAAAGCCCUCUUUUAGGCCCGGAGAGAUGCCCCAGAAGGUGCUAGGGUCUAAUUUCAGUAGAAGAAUAGGAGGAAUGGCGGCAAUGGGGUCGGUGCUAUUGGCAGGGUCGGAGGCAAUUUUUGGUCAACAAGUUGCAGUGGGAUUUGAGCUCAAUAUGGUAGCACCUGAUCGAACAUUUGAAGAGGCAAAGAGUGGAAUCAAAGAUCAUGCGCAAGCUUUGUUACAGAUUAAAUCACUAAUUGAGGCAGAGUCGUGGAGAGAAGCACAGCAGCUGCUGAGGAGAAACUCAUCCUACCUGAAACAGGAUAUCUAUACCAUAAUCCAAGGCAAACCUGGAAGUGAGAGGCCCGAGCUAAGGAAGCUGUAUUCCGAUCUCUUCAAUAAUGCUACCAGACUAGAUUAUGCGGCAAGGGAUAAAGAUGCAUCACGUGUCUGGCAGUACUAUGAGAACAUUGUUGUGGCCCUCAAUGAUAUUUUAUCUAGAAUAUAAUCGUCAGGAGGAAAGCCAUGCAACCUGUAACACUUCUCCAUGGUAUGACCAGAUACCCCACAAUGACUACAAACAGGACGGUCUUUGCGGAAUGAAUUGUUCUUGACAGGACGAUUUCUUGGUGUUGCAGAAGUAUCAGAAGCAACGGAUUUUGUGAACAAAGCAGCAGAAUUAUGGUUACUAGAACCAAUAGCAGUAGAAAUUUCUUUCUGCCUCUCUUCUUGAAUAACUAGGGAAAAAAUUGUGUUGAUUGGUGGAAGAGGAUUGAGCAUCAAGAUUUGACCUCAAGUAUGGGCAUAGGACUCAUUCAAGCCCAUCAAGAAGUGCAUGACAUGCUCUUGUUGCUGAUAUUCAUUAUGAACUGUCAUAGUACCACAUGUGCACGGUGGUAAAGGUUUAUAGUGAAUCAGCACAUCCCACAACCCUUUUAAAAUAGUGAAAUAACUGCUCAUUGAAAGAAUGAAAGGUUUUCUUGUCUUAAGUUUGAAAUAACUAAUCUUAAUUAUUUUAGGAUUAGAAAUCCUAUUUUUGUCUACUGGUGAAUCCUAGAUUUUAUAGGAAUAACUUUACGUAUAAACAAAACCUAUGUCUAGGCUUUUGCAUUGUAUCGUAAAUUAGUUUAAGGUUUUGGAGAGAUUGAUGAUUAUUGGAUUGUUUUUCUUGAAAUUAGUG